GCAAGUCUAGUUGGCUUUGCACACCCUUUGGAAAUACCAUGCCCUGGAUGACUGAGACUCUUCAUACAUGCAAAAUGACUGAGCUUCUGGUGACGUCAGCUGUCCAGGUUUUCAUGUAAUGUCUUUUCAACCAGUGCAAUUAUAUUCCGGGUCUGAGCCAAUCACAGCCGGAGUUCAAGUCAACGCAGGAAGUCGUCAUAGCUGACGGACCAGUAUUCCCGCGAAGCUUGAGACCUCUCAAGUCACACCAUCAUGAGUAAAAGGAAGGUGAAGGAUGCUCAUCUACCUGUAGGAGAAUGCAUCACACAGGUGCAGACGAUUUUAAGGGAGCGUCUUUGCCAUCAGCAGCUUCCUGACAAGCCGGAGGGAAUAGAAGCUCAGCACAAACACCUCCUGGAGCUGCUGAAGCGGACGGCCAUCCACGGGGAGAGUAACUCAGUGCUAAUCGUCGGUCCCAGAGGAGUGGGAAAAACAAUGCUGCUCAGGUGUGUGUUGAGAGACCUGCUGGAGGAAAAAGAAGCACAGAAAAACCUGCUGCAGGUUCAUCUCAACGGUCUCCUGCAGACUGACGACAAAAUAGCACUAAAAGAAAUCACACGGCAGCUCCACCUAGAAAACGUUGUCGGUGACAAAGUGUUUGGCAGUUUUGCAGAAAACCUUGCAUUCCUGCUGGAGGCACUGAAGAAAGGUGAUCGCAGCAGCAGCCAGCCGGUGCUGUUCAUCCUGGAUGAGUUUGACCUGUUUGCCCACCAUAAGAACCAGACUCUGCUCUACAACCUGUUCGACGUCUCCCAGUCUGCCCAGGCGCCCAUCGCUGUGGUCGGCAUCACCUGCAGACUGGAUGUUCUGGAGCUGCUGGAGAAGCGGGUAAAGUCGAGGUUUUCCCACCGUCAGAUCCACCUGCUGAGCAGCCUGACGUUCGCUCAGUACCUGGAGCGGGUCCAGUCCCAGCUCAGCCUGCCUGACGAUUUCCCUGACACCAAGUUCGCUCAGGACUGGAACGAUAGUAUCAAGACUUUGUGUAAAGACAAAUCAGUCGAGGAGGUUUUACAGAGACACUUCAACUCCAGCAAAGAUGUCCGCUCACUUCACAUGCUGCUGAUGCUGUGCCUGAGUCGUGUCUCUGUAGCCAAACCUGCCAUCAAACCUGCCGACCUGCUGGAGGCCAGCAGGCUGUGUUUUGCCGACGCCAAGGCGAACAUGCUCCAUGGUCUGUCCAUCUUGGAGCUGUGCCUGAUCAUCGCCAUGAAACACCUCAACGACGUCUACGACGGAGAGCCGUUUAAUCUCCAGAUGGUUCACAACGAGUUUAAGAAGUUCCUGCAGAGGAAGUCAAACUCCAUGUACAACUUCGAGCAGCCUGUCAUCAUGAAGGCCUUCGAGCACCUGCAGCAGCUGGAGCUGAUCCGACCGGUCGACGGCUCCUCGGCCAAAACUCAGAGUGAGUACCAGCUGAUGAGACUCAUGCUGGACCACAGUCAGAUCAUGGAGGCCCUGCAGAAGUAUCCACAGUGCCCCACUGAAGUCAAGCAGUGGGGGAUGUCGGCAUUCGGCUAGGACUCCACGUGCAUUUGGACUUUAUGUGGUCGUUGUGUGAGAGAAAAUGUAAAAUUAUACCUGGCUGCUUGCAACCAGGAUUAACAUAUUUUUUUCUAAAUGAAUUGUCUGUUUAUCAGCAAAAUCCUGACUGUCAAAGCAGGACAGAUUCACAUGUUGUACUUAAGUUUGAAAUGGAAAAAAAUCAUAAUUUGGUGAUUAAAUUUACAAGAAUUUGGCUUCAAGUAUUUGUACUGUUUGUGAAAUAAAUGAUCGAAAUAAGUGA